UCAGUCUGAUACUGAUAUUUUUAUAAUUAUAUAACCCCGUUUUAGUUAGUGCUUGUAAUUACAGUUGUUACUCUUAAUAUAUAAAUUUAUAAAAAAUGGCAAACAUCGUGCCCGCAUGUCGAAAUGUCUUUAAACAGGUGCAAGUUCGAUCAUUUCAUGUAGCGAGCAGUCAAAAUGCUGAAGCAAAACUCAAGACAUUUUCGAUUUAUCGAUGGAACCCAGACAAGCCUGACGAAAAACCGUACAUGCAAGAUUACAAAGUCGAUUUAAACACUUGCGGGCCGAUGGUUUUGGACGCGCUGAUUAAAAUUAAAAAUGAAAUAGAUCCGUCAUUGACAUUUCGACGAUCAUGCAGAGAGGGAAUCUGUGGAUCCUGUGCUAUGAAUAUCGGGGGAACUAAUACGCUGGCAUGUAUUAGUAAGAUUGAUGACAAAAAUUUGAGUGAAAGCAGCAAAAUUUAUCCAUUGCCGCACAUGUAUAUUGUUAAGGACUUAGUACCAGAUAUGAAUAAUUUUUAUAGUCAGUACAAAAGUAUCCAACCCUGGCUACAGAGGACUGAUGGAAUUAAAGUUGGGACUCAACAGUAUUUGCAAAGUGUCGAAGACCGAAAAAAAUUAGAUGGUCUCUAUGAAUGCAUUUUAUGUGCAUGCUGCAGUACUUCAUGUCCAUCUUACUGGUGGAAUUCUGAGAAAUAUCUUGGACCCGCCGUUUUGAUGCAGGCGUACAGAUGGAUAAUUGACUCGCGUGACACCAAAACUCAGGAACGUUUGAACGAACUACGCGAUCCCUUUUCCGUUUUUCGUUGCCACACAAUAAUGAACUGUACUCGCACUUGUCCAAAGGGACUGAAUCCCGGUAGGGCUAUUGCUGAGAUUAAAAAACUACUUGGCGGGGUUAUUCAAAAGGGCAAACCUGGAUUAGAAACUACGGCACUACACCAUUAAUUAAAUAAAAAUUAAAAAGUACUAAGUAUUACAUAGUCAAGAGAGACUGUAGUUCAAAAUCUCAUCUCUCUAAAUUGACUGGUUUAAAUAUUUAAAGAAUAUUGACAUUGUUAUUUUGAAGUAAAUAUGUAUGGGUUUAAUUACUAUGAGUAGAAAUAAAAUUAUUCAUUUUUUCAUGCAAUGAAAAUUUCAACCAACGAAAAAAAAAUUUUUUUAACCGGAAUCUUGUGAUUACUUCUUUUUUUCUUGUAAAUAAA